GUGAGCAGUCUGCUCCCAGCCAGAGAAAAAGUCUACUGGACACCAUCGACAGCAAGCUCGAUGCCAAGUUUGCGCCAGAGCAACUGUCCACACCGAAGAUCCUGAAGAAAGGUGCUCGAAGUCUCACGCCGAAGCGUCCACAGGGCCCUUCGACAUUUGGUCUGAGCAAAGACAAUGAAACCGUGGCCGGCUGGGUUGAGCAUGACACUCGCAUCCGUAGCACGAUGCCGCUGAAUCCUGCUGCGGAGGAAGCGAUGGAGAAGGCGCCGCUGGCAGUACACCCUGCGCUUGAAGCGGCCUACGAGAAGGGCAAGAAGCGAAGAGGGGUGAAGAGGUACGCAGGCAUUGGGGCACAGGCCUCCUGUGUGGACCAGGUCAUCUUUGGUCGGGACAUGGACUUCAGCGGUGAGGGUGAUGGAGCAGAUUUGGCUGAGUUGAAUGGCCGUGCUGGCCUUUCUUCGCAAUCCGUAAGAAGAGCAGGCGGCGUGAAAAAGGUGGACACGGCGCCGAAAGCGGAAUUGGUUCACAGCCAACCAGGAGCAGGCCUCAAGGACCCGCGCCGCAGUGGCCCGAGGUGCACCCCUCUUCUUGCACUGCCUCGGGCGCUUCAGCUGAAGUUGGGUCCGCUCUCGCCAAAUCAGAGCCCCGGCGUCGCCGAGGUGUUCGGCCAAGUAGCUCCUUCAGAAGCGGAGGGGCAACGUGCCCAGGCUGCGCGAACCGCAUUCUUCGGCAGCGACUCAGCUGGGGCUCCGUCGUGGAAAUCCCAGAGGGAAAAGUUGCCCCAGGACAACGUCUGCACAGGCGUGGACCUGGUGGGCAGUGUGGUUUUCGGCCAGCUGGGCAAAGGAAGCGCUGCAGAGGAGAAGGACUCUGUUGCGGACUCGCGCAAGCGCAGAGUGGAUCCGAAGGUCUGCUUUGCUGAUACAGCGGGCAAAGACUCCGCCAACCUCCACACCCACAGGGGGAAGAGGGUGGGCACUCGCUGCAAGGACGCUUCUGGCUCUGCCGGCUGUCCCAGCGAGCACCUGGGCACGCAUCAGGCUGGAUGGCAUCCUGAAGCGCGAGACAGGAUCGUCAAGGCUGCCACAGGCUUUAGCGAGCCCCAUUGCGCGAUGAAGUGCACCACAGAUAAGGUUGUCUAUGGCAAGCUGACCCCGCGAAGCUCGGAGCCCCUCUGGGCAGAGCGGAAGGCCAACAUCCUGCGCGAGUACCCAGGGCGGAAGCACCUGGGUGGCAUGCCUUUUAUGGCGCAGCAAGCAGACAUCUUCAGCGAUGGCCUGCGGCGGUCUGCGACCCCUCCUCCUUCCUCUGGCUCAGGUUUCGCUACGCCGCGGGGGCAGAAUCGAUCUGCAGCCAGCCUGUUUGAAGGCUCUGCGGGGAAGCCCUCGACAUUUGCCGAAUGGGAUCAGCCGCGACCCACCCGUGCGAUGACACCUCCGCCACGCCAACGCCAUGGCUCGGAGCUGGCUAAGACUGACGCUGUCGGACGGCCGGUGAUCCAUGGGGUCCCCAGCUGGGCCCGUGAGACCAAUUCGAUUGUUCUCGAGGGUGGCCAGCGGAGGAUCAAGGCGGUGACGCAGCCGCCCAUGACGGCACAGUUCGUACUUCCGGAUGGAGCCGUGGCACUGGCAGCGACCUGGCCUCCGGCGAAUGCCGAGGCGGACGUGGUUCUGACAGUUGAUACUGCCUCUGUGUCCAUCUCCCAGGAUCUUGGUGCAGUCAGUGCCGCAGUAACCUUCAUGGAUACUAGCACCGAUCUCUACCAGUUGCUCAACAACUCGUUAGACGGCUCUGGUUCCGUACUUGCCUCUGCGCUCCUAUCCAUCAUCCUACAAGAUGAGGAUGGUGACUCGGUUAAAGGAACCCUGCCCACACCGCUGACCUUCAACCUCACAACAGUGGGGAACGCCAGCAUGGAGCCCGGUGUUGCGUGCAAGUUCUGGGACGAGGAGAUGGAAGUCUGGUCUACGCACGGCGUCACGUUGCUCUCUGCCGCAGAUGGCGUUGUCACUUGUUCAACCACGCACCUUUCUAUCUUUGCCAUUAUCAUUGACACCAUCAUCUCAACUCUGGCAUGCUCGAACGCUGCCUCAAUUUUUUCACUGGAAGGUUUGCAAUCUCUUCAACGCGUGGAGUGGGCUCUGCGGCUACCGUCGGUGCUGAACUGGGUCAUUCUGCUGAUGGGCGCCUUCCUUCUUUGCCUCGCUGCAUGCGCCGACAGGCGCACUCGACACCGCCUGAAAGUACUGAAGACAACGCUGGACUUCUGUACGAGGUUCGAGAAGGCAAAGGCAAGCCAGGAGCACCAUGAAAUGUUUGAUCUCUAUGCCUUUAGCUUUAGAUCUCUCUGUUCCUGUGAUGUGGCUCGGUCUGUUUGUUCUGCAGUGGUGCGCCGAAGAACAGGGGUAAGUCUUGAUGUGCUGAACCAGCUGUAUGCGGAUACUGGGGCCACAGCCUCCCAUGACCUAGCGAAGUCGGCCUUAGAUACAUUCUGGCAGAUGAACUGCUGCUCCAAGCUCGUGCUUUUGUUUCGGAUGAAUCUGGACUGCGAACCAAAAGUUGCGCUGCUGGAGACUGUGGUCCGCUCAGUAGUCAUCGCCUUCAUUACAGCUGCUGUUGGCGCGCUGCCUCUAGCAUUGUUGAUUGCGCUGGUAACAAGGGUGGUCCUGAUUCCUAUGCACAUACGCCUCAUGCUCUUCUGGAUGCUCCUGACUGCAUACUUCCUGCUGUGCCUCAUGGUGGUGUGCAUCUUCAUUGCCAGCGUCAGCCUUUCAGACAGCCAGAAGUGGUUCGUAUCGGCUCUUACCAACGUGUUGACGGGUGCCAUAUUUUCACCACUCCUGAUCAGCUCAGUGAUGUCCUGCUGGUUGCAGUUCCGGAAGCUGGAGCAGCUUAUCACCAAUGUCGCCAGCCAAUGGCAAAGCGGAAAGUUGCAGGAGCUUGUUCACGUGGAGAGCAUUUCGCUCUCAGAGGCGGCUUUGAAGACGGUUCUCAAGAGUGAUCCUGUGGAAAUGACCAUCACGUGUCAAGUAGCAGGGCAUGAUGAGGUCACGGAACUCCAAGAGGAUGAAGGCAGCUUCCGGUCCCCCAUCCCCUAUGAAUUUGAGGCGCACCAGCUUUUCGUCUUCUCUGUUUAUAGGGGCGCCCGGGACACUACGCAGCGGAAUCUGAUCGCCUCCGCCUUUUUUCAUGUUGACCAACUGCAAGAUGGAUAUUUUCAAGGGUCCCUCCCACUUUUCCUUGAUGACAAACACCUCCACGUGGCCCUGGACGCAACUGUGACUGUUGUGAGUGCGACAAAGCCCAAGAAAGAUGUCGUGCGAGUUUCGGAGAUUCCGGAGAGCUAUGAGGCUCCAACAGUCAUCCCAGUGGCCCCAGAGCCUAGAGAAUUGAUGGACCUCGCGCAGCCUGCAGAAGUGGAGAACGUUAAAUUGCAUGGUGGAAUGGAAGAGGAGGAGCCAGAAACAAACGUGCCGGAGGAGCUUUCCGCGCCGAUAGCGGUGCCGUCGCUGGUGCCCUUGCAGCCAGAGGAGCCGUCAGAAACAAACGUGCCCAAGGAGCUUUCAGCACCUAUCGCGAUGCCAUCCCUUGUUUCUGUCCCGCCAGAGGAGCCAGCAGAAACAAGUGUCUCAAAGGAGCUUUCUGGACCGAUGGCAUUGCCGGCCCCGCAAGAGGAUUUGAGCAAAGAGGAGCCAACCCAGGCUUCUGGAGUCAAGGAGCCUGAGUUGAAGACGGCGCCGGAAGCUCCAGAGAUGCAAACGCCGCCACCCAUGCAGGAGCCUCCAGUAACUGGUUCACUGUUCUGUUUGUUCCCUCUACGCUUUCCUUGA